GAGGCAGGCACGGUCUUUCGGCUCCGAGCUCCCGCUUCCCGCCCGGGCUCCGCCAGGUCUCGCUUCCGCGGGGACCCCUUCGGGCAGGAGUCGCGUGCUGAGGGCCGGCGGCAGCGGCACAAAGUUGGGGGCCCGCGAGGAUGAGGCUGUCCCCGGCGACCCUGAGGCUGAGCAGUAGUCCAGUGCUGCUGGCCCUGGCGCUGCCCCUGGCCGCGGCGCUGGCCUUCUCCGACGAGACCCUGGACAAAGUGCCCAAGUCGGAGGGCUACUGCAGCCGCAUCCUGCGGGCUCAAGGCACGCGGCGCGAGGGCUACACCGAGUUCAGCCUCCGAGUGGAGGGCGACCCCGACUUCUACAAGCCGGGAACCAGCUACCGCGUGACACUUUCAGCUGCUCCUCCCUCCUACUUCAGAGGAUUCACAUUAAUUGCUCUCAAAGAAAACAGAGAGGGUGAUAAGGAAGAAGACCAUGCUGGGGCCUUUCAGAUCAUAGAUGAAGAAGAAACACAGUUUAUGAGUAACUGCCCUGUCGCGGUCACGGAAAGCACCCCUCGGAGGAGGACCCGUAUCCAAGUGUUCUGGGUAGCGCCGCCCGCAGGAACGGGCUGUGUCAUUCUGAAGGCCAGCAUCGUACAGAAACGCAUCAUUUAUUUUCAGGAUGAGGGCUCUCUGACCAAGAAACUUUGUGAACAAGAUUCCACAUUUGACGGGGUGACUGACAAACCAAUCUUAGACUGCUGCGCCUGCGGGACUGCCAAGUACAGACUCACAUUUUAUGGGAAUUGGUCUGAGAAGACACACCCAAAGGAUUAUCCUCGUCGGGCCAAUCAUUGGUCUGCAAUCAUUGGUGGAUCCCACUCCAAGAAUUACGUGCUGUGGGAGUACGGAGGAUAUGCAAGCGAAGGCGUCAAACAAGUUGCAGAAUUGGGCUCACCAGUAAAAAUGGAGGAAGAAAUUCGACAACAGAGCGAUGAGGUCCUCACCGUAAUCAAAGCCAAAGCUCAGUGGCCAGCCUGGCAGCCUCUCAAUGUGAGAGCAGCACCCUCGGCUGAAUUUUCCGUGGACAGGACACGCCACUUAAUGUCCUUCCUGACCAUGAUGGGCCCGAGCCCCGACUGGAAUGUGGGCCUGUCUGCGGAGGACCUGUGCACCAAGGAGUGCGGGUGGGUGCAGAAGGUGGUGCAAGACUUGAUUCCUUGGGACGCCGGCACCGACAGCGGGGUGACCUACGAGUCACCCAACAAGCCCACAAUUCCCCAGGAGAAAAUCCGGCCCCUGACCAGCCUGGACCAUCCUCAGAGUCCUUUUUAUGAUCCAGAGGGCGGGUCCAUCACUCAAGUAGCCAGAGUUGUCAUCGAGAGAAUUGCCCGGAAGGGGGAGCAAUGCAAUAUUAUACCUGACAACGUGGAUGACAUUGUAGCAGACCUGGCUCCAGAAGAGAAAGAUGAAGAUGACACCCCUGAAACCUGCAUCUACUCCAACUGGUCCCCGUGGUCCGCCUGCAGCUCCUCCACCUGCGACAAAGGCAAGAGGAUGCGGCAGCGCAUGCUGAAGGCGCAGCUGGACCUCAGUGUCCCCUGCCCUGACACCCAGGACUUCCAGCCCUGCAUGGGCCCUGGCUGCAGCGAUGAAGAUGGUUCCACCUGCACCAUGUCCGAGUGGAUCACCUGGUCGCCCUGCAGCAUCUCCUGCGGCAUGGGCAUGCGGUCCCGGGAGAGGUACGUGAAGCAGUUCCCUGAGGACGGCUCCGUGUGCACGCUGCCCACCGAAGAGACGGAGAAGUGCACGGUCAACGAGGAGUGCUCUUCCAGCAGCUGCCUGAUGACCGAGUGGGGCGAGUGGGAUGAAUGCAGCGCCACCUGCGGGAUGGGCAUGAAGAAGCGGCACCGCAUGGUCAAGAUGAGCCCAGCGGACGGCUCCAUGUGCAAGGCUGAAACAUCCCAGGCAGAGAAGUGCAUGAUGCCUGAGUGCCACACCAUCCCAUGCUUGUUGUCCCCAUGGUCCGAGUGGAGCGACUGCAGCGUGACCUGCGGGAAGGGCAUGCGGACCCGCCAGCGGAUGCUCAAGUCUCUGGCCGAGCUCGGGGACUGUAAUGAGGAGCUGGAGCAGGUGGAGAAGUGCAUGCUGCCCGAAUGCCCCAUUGAUUGUGAGCUCACUGAGUGGUCCCAGUGGUCAGAAUGUAACAAGUCAUGCGGGAAAGGCCAUGUGAUUCGAACCCGGAUGAUCCAAAUGGAGCCUCAGUUUGGAGGCGCACCCUGCCCAGAGACUGUGCAGCGAAGAAAGUGCCGCGUCCGGAAAUGCCGAAAUCCAUCCAUCCAGAAGCUGCGCUGGAGAGAGGCCCGGGAGAGCCGGAGGAAUGAGCAGCUGCGCGAAGAGUCCGAUGGGGAGCAUUUCCCAGGCUGUAGGAUGCGCCCGUGGACAGCCUGGUCGGAAUGCACCAAACUGUGUGGAGGCGGGAUUCAGGAACGCUACAUGACUGUAAAGAAGAGGUUCAAAAGCUCCCAGUUUACCAGCUGCAAAGACAAGAAGGAGAUCAGAGCCUGCAAUGUUCACCCUUGUUAGCAAGGGUCCAAGCGUUCCAGGGCUGCACUCCAGAUUCCAGAGGCACCAGUGGCUGGAUCGUUUGUUUGCUCGUUUGUUUAAGGCAAUGUAAAUCGUGUACACUAGUUUUCGUUUCUGCCGCGUCAUUUGCCCAGUAGUCUUGCGGACGCCAGGGACACCCUUUCUGUAUACUUCUUGGUAGGCACAGGCUGAGUAGGGCUCCCUCAUCUCCAGCCAGCCCUGC